CGCGACGACCAGGACAGCCGAGAUCCAAGUGCGUGCGCUGACAGGUCCGGACCAAGGGCCUUGGCAAUGAUCCGGGGGGCGGAGAUGGCGGAUCCAAUCCGGAGGGACCUGAGCGGACAAGGGGAGUCCGCUGACACAGGGCGAGUUCAUGACCAUCGGCAGUAAAGUCUUUUAUUAUAUAAUAUGCUGUGAAGUAUGGGUGUUUGUUUGGACAUCAGGUGCAUUAGGAAUCACUGAGAUUUUGAUGAACAGACCUCAUGCCCGAAAUGCCCUGGGGAACAUCUUUGUCAGUGAGCUGCUGGAAGCCCUGGCCCAGCUUCGGGAAGACCAGCAAGUCCGCGUCCUGAUCUUCAGAAGUGGAGUGAAGGGUGUGUUCUGUGCAGGUGCAGACCUGAAGGAGCGGGAGCAGAUGAGUGCUGUGGAGGUGGGAAUCUUUGUCCAGCGCCUCCGAGGUCUCAUGAGUGAGAUUGACACCCUGGGUAGUCUAGGCUGGACCUCCCCCAUUUCUGGGAUUGCAGCUGCCUUCCCUGCACCCACUAUUGCAGCCAUGGACGGGUUUGCCCUGGGCGGGGGCCUGGAACUUGCCCUGGCCUGUGAUCUCCGAAUAGCAGCUUCCACAGCUAUCAUGGGGCUAAUCGAGACCACUCGAGGACUUCUCCCAGGAGCAGGAGGGACUCAGAGGCUACCCCGCUGCCUGGGCGUGGCCCUAGCAAAGGAGCUCAUCUUCACAGGCCGGAGACUGGACGGGGUGCAGGCCCAUGAGUUAGGCCUGGUAAACCACGCUGUGGCUCAGAAUAAGGAGGGUAAUGCUGCCUACCACCGGGCACUGGCAUUGGCUCAGGAGAUCCUGCCCCAGGCUCCCAUUGCUGUACGACUGGGCAAAGUUGCGAUUGACCGAGGAAUGGAGGUGGACAUCGCAUCAGGGAUGGCCAUUGAACACAUGUGCUAUGCCCAGAAUAUCCCAACCCAGGACCGACUGGAAGGGAUGGCAGCCUUCAGGGAGAAACGCCCCCCAAAAUUUGUCGGCAAGUGAGCCCUCUUUAAGUUCACCUCUGGCCUUCAGUUUCUUCACGAGAACAAUGACAGACGCUGUGAUUGGCAUGGUGCCUAGAACCAAGGUGCUGCCCAAGCCACCCACUGCCACCUUCCACACUGCUCACCUUGGCUCGUCACUGGGAUCCAGGCCUUCUGGUUCUCUUCACUCAAAUAAGCUUUGGGUCUUUUGUCACUGGCUCUGAUCACCAUGGACCAGUGAAAAAGAAGCCCUCAUUUCUUCCUCACAGAAAAAAAAAAUCUAUCCAGGUUUAUCUGAGCAAGUGUCAGGAGCCAGUCCACAGUCUCCAGCUCUCUACAGAUAACUCAGUGGAAAUUCUGGACAGACCAUUUAACCUCUCUAGAACUCAGCUUUUUUAUCUGGAAGUUAAUCAGUUGUGAUGAACUAAAGUCCUUAUGUUCAAUAAACAUGCUACAACAACCA